GCUUCGCAGCCCCGUGUUGACUAUUGGCGGACGCGAUCUCAAAGGCAUCACUGAGUGUGUGCAGAACCAGCGGCGGCUGUUGCUUUUUAGGCUGCAGGUUCAGUGAGUCCGUCCGAAGCGGAAGUAUUUGUCAGAACCGGUUCUUAGUGACCUCCUGGCCAGUUUAUGAGAGUGGAUUUCUAGGCAGAUGAUUCUGGGCACUGCAAACCUCAUAGGAUCUCCUCAUAUGUUCUACUCUGCUCCUUCCAGCACAACUUUCAUAUGUCUUCCUUUUCCCAAGAAGAGCAGGAAAUGGCCAAACCCGAGUCGGGGACCUCAGCCCAUGCCAUGAUGCUACCCAUAUUCAGGACAGGUCUUGCCAUUCUGGAAAAUCCCUCACAGACAUGCCCAAAGGGACUAGUGGUGUUUGAGGAUGUAGCUGUGGAUUUCACCCAGGAGGAGUGGCAGUACCUGGACCCUCCACAGAGGACCUUGUACAGAGAUGUGAUGCUUGAGACCUACGGCAACCUGGUCUCCGUGGGGCAGCAGGUUACUAAGCCAAACCUCAUCUUCAAGCUGGAGGUGGAAGAGCCAAGCACAGAAGACCAAAAAGUCCUAACUUGGAGCUUUCCAGAAGUUUUCCAGGUUGAUGAACAAAUUGAGAAUCAUCAUCAGGAUAACCAAGAUAAGUGUCUGUUCAUGCAAGUUGAAUUUCCAGACAACAAAAUAAUUACCACUACAAGUACCUGGGACUAUAAUGAACUUGGAAACACACUUCCUCUGAGUACAAGCUUUGUUCCAAUGCAAAGAUUCCAUAAAUUUGAAUCAUUUGGAAAUAAUAUGGUAGAUAAUUUAGACUUAUGUAGUAGACACUGUGCAGAAAAUAAGCAUGAUACUGGAUGUGCAAAAUUAUUCUUCCAUCCUGAAUAUGAAAAACCUAAUUUUAUAGUUAAACCUUAUGGAUAUAAAGAAUGUGGGAAAGCCCUCAGGCGAAAGAAAGGCCUUAGCCUUCAUCAGAGAGUUAAAAAUGGAGAAAAGCCCUUUGAAUGUACUGCAUGUCAGAAAACCUUCAGCAAGAAGUCCCACCUCAUUGUACACUGGAGAACUCAUACAGGAGAGAAACCUUUUGGGUGUACUGAAUGUGGGAAAGCAUUUAGCCAAAAAUCUCAGCUCAUUAUACACCUCAGAACUCAUACAGGAGAGAGACCCUUUGCAUGUCCUGAAUGUGGCAAAGCCUUCAGAGAAAAGUCAACUGUCAUCAUACAUUAUAGGACUCAUACAGGAGAGAAACCUUAUGAAUGUAAUGAAUGUGGAAAAGCCUUCACUCAGAAGUCAAACCUCAUUGUCCAUCAGAAAACCCACACAGGAGAGAAAACCUAUGAGUGCACUAAGUGUGGGGAGUCUUUCAUACAGAAGCUUGACCUAAUUAUACACCACAGUACUCACACAGGAAAGAAGCCCCAUGAAUGUAAUGAGUGUAAGAAAACAUUCAGUGAUAAAUCAACCCUCAUUAUACAUCAGAGAACUCACACGGGUGAGAAACCUCAUAAAUGUGCUGAAUGUGGGAAGUCUUUCAAUGAGAAGUCAACCCUCAUUGUGCACCAGAGGACUCAUACUGGAGAGAAGCCCUAUGAAUGUGAGGUGUGUGGGAAAACCUUCACCCAAAAGUCAAACCUAGGUGUGCAUCAGAGAACACAUUCAGGAGAGAAACCAUUUGAAUGUAACGAAUGUGAGAAAGCCUUCUCUCAGAAAUCCUAUCUCAUGCUACAUCAGAGAGGCCACACUGGAGAGAAGCCCUAUGAGUGCAAUGAAUGUGAAAAGGCAUUUUCCCAGAAGUCCUAUCUCAUCAUACAUCAAAGAACACAUACAGAAGAAAAACCCUAUAAAUGUAAUGAAUGUGGAAAGGCCUUCCGAGAAAAGUCGAAGCUCAUUAUUCAUCAGAGAAUUCACACAGGGGAGAAACCCUAUGAAUGUCCUGUGUGCUGGAAAGCUUUCAGCCAGAAGUCACAGCUCAUCAUCCAUCAGAGAACACACACAGGAGAGAAGCCCUAUGCAUGCACAGAGUGUGGCAAAGCCUUCAGGGAAAAAUCCACAUUCACUGUUCAUCAAAGGACUCACACUGGAGAGAAGCCCUAUAAAUGUACAGAAUGUGGGAAAGCCUUUACCCAGAAAUCCAACCUUAUUGUACAUCAGCGGACCCAUACAGGAAAGAAGGCCCGUGGGAGAAGUCACAUGUGCAAGUCAAAGCAUGCUGCGUAUUAGGAAGCACAAUAACUACAACAUAUGUAUAUGCUGAAGGAGAACUGUGUUAAUUUAACAUUUUUAAAAAGUAUAUUUAGCCUUUCUUUGCAUCUGUUUUCAUCCAAGUGCAACAGUUGAACAAAAAAGCAGAUGUGUGAUUCUGUAUCUGACACAAAUUGGAGACAGAUGCAACCAGAGGGCUGCCAGAGGCAGACACAAUCAAGUGCCACUACCAGAGGUUUCAGAAGCAAGGCAGCAUGGGUAAGGACUCUCAAUUGAUAUCCAGUGUAUCUUAAGAUACACUUUUAAGUUGUGGGACCACAGACAGCUGUGAUAAUUAUAAUAGAAUGCACGUGCAGGUAGGUGGUUUACUAGACCACAUGGGGCCAAAGGAGAAACAGGGCGGCACUUCCAUGCUUGCACAAAAUGGUAUGGACAUAUUGGAGAAAUAGUUGAGGAACAAGAAAAUGGAUAUAGCUUUCCCUGUUUCCUGAUUUGGGAGAAGUCUAACUGAACUAACAAAUGUGGGAGGGGGUCUCUAAGAAAAAAAAAAAACCUGAUCUGCCUAGAAUGUGGCCCUGAUAUCUUUACCUACAUUAAGCUUCAGCAAAUAGCAAGUCUAGCAAUGACUGUUCUCAAAGAGAAACAUUUAAAAGUUAUUAAAACCACAAACUUAUUUUAAGCCAACAGUUCCACUUAGGAAUGCAUAUACUCACAUAUGUACAAAACAGUGAACACAUAGAUAUUUUUAAUGCACAGAUUUGCAAAACAGCAGAUUAGAAGCUGUCCCAAAUGACAUCACCAGGCUACUGCUUCCUAAAACUGUGAUAUGUGCAUACAGCAAACUCCUAGGUAGAGAAGAUAUGAAUAUAGAGAACUUACAUAUCAAUUUUGUAGCAAAAUGUAGGAUAAUCUUUAAGUUUAGGUAUGAAAAAAAAGGUGCAUCAUAGUAUAAUGUGCUGCCAUUUGUAUAUAAAAAGGAAAAAUGGUAAGUACGUAAUUGAUCAUAUAUGUACAAGUUGGUUCUGGAAAGAAACACAAGCUGAUAACCCUGAUUACAUCAUAGAAGGGAAAAGGUCAAUGAGUGACGGGGGAGAUGGAGCAUGGAGACACUUGUGUAUCCUUUCACAGCUUUUGAAAGUUGUACUAUAUGGUUGUACUACCUUUUCCAAAAAUAAAGCUUUAAAAACCUUA